AAGCUUAAGCUUUAUCUCCAUUGUAUACUCUUUUGGCCUCACUUUAUCUCUGUAUAGCUUUUCUGUGGGCGUCAAAACUUUAUUAAUUUGAUCAUUUUUUGUAAAGUUUGUUAUGGCUUGUUAGUGUGAAUUUCGAGAAUUGGGGGUUUUUUUUUUUUUUUCCUCGUGCCCGUGCUUUUGGAGUUAUUUCAAUAAGCAUGUAAUUGUGUCUCCUAUUUACAUAACCGUAAACCUUUUGGUUAAGCCAGGGUGCUAACAUUGCUUUGGCUAUGGUUGAAUCCUUUACUUUGUGUUUGUGCAUCAGUGCAUAAGAAACCGGUUUGUGAUAUUUUCAAACCUUGUGGUUGUGGUGCAUCAGUUGGUUAUACUUCCUGUAUGGCAGUGCCAUUGCACUUGCUAGACUAGAGUUUCCAAUCUAGUGCUGGUCUCUUCAAUUCUUUUUGAUAGAUUAAUCAAAGAGAUAGUAGAUUUUGGUGAUGUGCUUGUACUGUUGUUGCAGCUACUUAGGCCACCCCUUUGAUUCAAGGAGACCAAUCCACAGCCUAGAAAGCACACCUUAUGGCAGGCAAUUGCAGAUUUUACUGAUUGACAAGCCAGUACACACAGGUUAAUGCAAAAACUUUGAGUAGGUUUUCAGAUUGUUGGAAGAUGGAGAAGGUGACAAGAAGUCCGGUUUUACAUGCAACUCCAUUUAUCUGCUCGCUUCUGCUCUGCUUGCUCUAUGCUGUCAACUUCGGAUUUAAUGUGACUCGAUCAGAUCAAUGGAACGAACUGAGAUUCCAAGCAAGGAACAAACUGAGAAAGAACUGGGGUGGGAGUCACAUAAAAGGCGGGAGUCAAAUAAAAUAUGAAGAUCCCCUUUAUCUUCUCUUGGAAAGACUAGUAGAAGGUUAAUGCAAAAACUCCGAGUAGGUUUUCAGAUUGUUGGAAGAUGGAGAAGGCGCCAAGAAGUCUGGUUUUGGGCGCAACUCCGUUUUUCUGCUUGCUUCUCCUCUCCUUGCUCUACACUGUCGAAAUCAGAUCACGUCAAGUUCCGUCAAAUCAAUGGAAGAAAACGCAUUCGGGCGUGAGUCGCAUAGAAGAUCAACAUCAUAUGCAUUCUCUCAUGAAAAGACUACUGAAAGGAGGAAAUCAAACUCAACUGGAAGAGACCGGAUUAGCUUGCCAUUAUGACUAUCACACUGAAGUUUGUGUGUCCAAUAGACCAGUAAGAAUCGAUACACUUACUAUGAAGGUUUAUGUACCAUACGAUCAAGGUAUGCCUGAAGCCGAUAGCAUAAUCAUUCCAUAUGCAAAGAGGGAAGAUAAGUGGAUCACGGGAACGGCCGUUUCAUCAGUGCAGAUACUUCGGGAAAACAUCUCCACCGCUCCAGCUUGUGAGUAUACCCAUAAUGUCCCUGCCGUAGUUUUCUCAUCCGGCGGAUCCACAGGAAACAUAUUCCAUGAAUUCACGGAAUUAAUCGUUCCUUUGUUCCUCACUAGUCGCCACUUCCAAUCUCGCCUACACUUUAUGGUCACCGAUUUCAGACUUCAGUUCAUGAGUAAAUAUAAGAAAAUUUUCUCCCAUUUGUCAAGCUAUGAAGUCAUUAAUCCAGCAGCAAAUGUAAGCGUGCAUUGCUUUCCGGGAGCAGUUGUCGGGCUUCACUACCAUGACCAUCUUGCCAUUAAGACCACGGAAAUCCCCGAAGGUUACUCCAUGCUCGAUUUCAAGCAGUUUCUCAGAGAUUCUUACAAUCUAAGGAUACGAGAAUCGUCACAGACACAGACGGAAAAACCGACGUUGAUACUUGUAUCUCGCAAAAAAUCAAGAGCCUUUCUGAACGAAGAUGAGAUGGUGACCAUGAUGAAGGCAUUGGGCUUCAGAGUUGUCAUCGGACAGCCUGAUAUGAUGGCCAAUAUGGACAAAUUUGCGGAGAUAGUGAACUCGUGCAGCAUACUGGUUGGUGCCCACGGUGCUGGGCUUACAAAUGCUGUCUUCUUGCCGGAAGGGGCUGUCCUGGUGCAAGUGGUGGGGCUGGGGAUAGAUUGGAUUUCAAACACUUACUUCGGCGUUCCAGCUCCAGGAAUGGGUUUGAAUUACAUAGAUUACAAAAUUGAACCAGAGGAAAGCUCUCUCAUCUCUCUUUACGGCAAAGAUCACCCUGUCAUUGUUGAUCCGGAAUCGAUAACCUCGCAAGGGUACGAGGUUGGUAGGGCUGUGUACCUACUAAAGCAAAAUUUUAAUAUUGAUGUUGUGAGGUUUAGAGAGACUCUUGUCAAAGCACUUGGACUUCUUGGGCGCUCAGCUCCUUUGGGUUGAAGAAACAAUGUUUUGAGAUGAAUCUUUCUAGCAACUUCUGAAGAUGCAAUUAAGAAAGAAAGAGGAAUCUGUGUUACUUGGAAGAGAAAGAAAUGAUGAAACACGUCAAUUUGAAAAUUGUACUCUCUUUCGAGGACAAAAAAGUUUCUUCGAGGAAUUCUCAGCAAGUUAUAAAUCUAUUAACAUUUUGCCAUUGGUCCUUCAA